AUGGAAGAUGUGAAGGCAGUAAUAGAUUGUGGCACUGCCUGGAAAAAACGAUAUCAGGUGCAGCUUGAAGCCUUUUCAAGGGGCGCUGAUUUUUUCUACAAACUCAUCGAUGAAACGGCAUGGAUUAGCUCAAGGCAACCUGGAAAUGGCAACCUUUCUUAUCCGGAAAACGGCAACUCUCUCAUCUGUUGCUAUUUGGAACCGACUGGACAAUGGAGAUUAUGCCUUGCAGCAAUUUCUAGAGCCGUUAAAAGCGACUGGCAAGACACGUGGAUCGACGAAGGCAGCAGCUUCAAACACCAGUGA